GGCGUUCGGGGCCACCGUUGAAAAGGCGGCCGUGCUGCUCUCACGCACCAAAUCACCGAAAGUAAAGUCUCUCUCCCCGCCAAACUCGCACGAUCCGCGGCGAAAAUGGCACUCCUCGAUCAGCUCACCUGGCCGUGGGCCUUGGCUUUCGGGCUCGCCGCCGUCGUCUUCUACUACGUCUACCCGUACUUCACGACGUACAGCGACCUCCGAGGCAUUCCUGCGCCAUUCCCCGCCCAGUUCACUAACCUCUGGCUGCUCUACGCCUGCAGGCGAGGCCGGCGCUACCUCACCGUGCACGAGGUCCACAAGAGGCUGGGGCCGGUGGUGAGGAUCCAGCCGAACCACGUCAGCAUCGCGGACGACGACGCCAUCCAGGCCAUCUACGGCCACGGCAACGGGCUCCUCAAGUCCGACUUCUACGACGCCUUCGUGUCGAUCCGGCGCGGCCUGUUCAACACCCGGGACCGCGCCGAGCACACGCGCAAGCGCAAGCUCGUCUCCAACACGUUCGCGCCCAAGUCCGUCCUCCAGUUCGAGCCCUACAUCCACCAGAACCUGGCGCUGUUCGUCGACCGGUGGGACGAGCUCGUGGCCCGCGGCGGCGGCGUCGCGCGGCUCGACUGCCUCAAGUGGUUCAACUACGUCGCGUUCGACACGAUCGGGGACCUGGCGUUCGGCGCGCCGUUCGGGAUGCUGCGCGCGGGCGAGGACAUCGCCGAGGUGCGGGUGUCGGUCGACGCGGCGCCCAUCUUCGCGUCCGCGGUCGAGAUCCUCAACCGGCGCGGCGAGGUGUCGGCGACGCUGGGCUGCCUGCCGCCGCUGCUGCCGUACGCGCGCUGGCUGCCGGACCCGUUCUUCCGCCGCGGCCUCGCGGCGGUGAAGAACCUCGCCGGCAUCGCCAUCGCCCGCGUCAAGGACCGCCUCGAGCGCCCGCCCGACAUCCACCGCCGCGACCUGCUCGCGCUGCUGCAGGAGGGCCGCGACGACAAGGGCGAGCCCCUCGGCUUCGAGGAGCUCGCCGCCGAGGCCCUGACCCAGCUCAUCGCCGGCUCCGACACGACGUCGAACUCGUCCUGCGCGCUGCUGUACCACGUCGCGCGGACGCCGGGCGUGCUGGCGAAGCUGCAGGCGGAGCUGGACGCGGCGGUGCCGAGCGCGGGCGCGGACGAGGAGGAGGACGACGAGGCCAAGGUGCCGGCGUACGAGGCGAUCCGGCAGCUGCCGUACCUGCAGGCGGUGAUCAACGAGACGCUGCGGGUGCACAGCACGUCGGGGAUCGGGCUGCCGCGGGCGGUGCCGGCGGGGACGGCGGGGGUGACGAUCGGGGGGCGGCGGUACGGGCCGGGGACGGUGCUGAGUGUGCCGACGUACUCGAUCCACCACGCGCGGGCGAUCUGGGGCGCGGACGCGGACGCGUUCCGGCCGGAGCGCUGGCUCGGGCCGGGGCUGCCGACCGAGCGCCAGCGCGCCGCCUUCGUGCCCUUCAGCCACGGCCCCCGCGCCUGCGUCGGCCGCAACGUCGCCGAGAUGGAGAUGAAGAUGAUCGUCGCCACCUGGGCCCGCCGCUACCGCGUCGCCCUCCGCCGCCCCGCCGACGAGCUGCGCACCCGCGAGGGCUUCCUGCGCAAGCCGCUCGGCCUCGACAUCGAGGUCAGCCGCCGCCGCCCGUAGACCAGGGUUUGAGCUGGCUACGGGCUGCGAUGGGGCGUCAGCGGGUGGUGGGAGGGCUAGCGAGCGACGGUGCUCACGCGGGUCUUCUCCCGCCCCAGGAUUCUCUCUGGUGGGGGAUAUAUAUCAUCUAUCAGCCGUGCAGCGCGCCUUCGUUCCGCCGCGGCUUGAUGUGUAGCAUAUGCUUGUUUCCCUUUCCUCCUUGUAUUCAUGCUAUCAGGGUCACUUGCAGGA